AGAGAAAAGAAUGAAAAAAGAAUGAAUGAAUAAAUCAUAUAAUAUCAAAAGAUUAAGCAGCUUCAUUGCACUCUGACCUCUCAUUUUAUCAAGGGCUUUGGACAAACACAAGUCAUUUUUAAUAUAAUAAGUAGUGAAAGGGAUUUAUAGAAUCUACAUUUAUAAAUGAAAUAUUUUGCCAAUAUUACAAUGUUAUUAAGCAAAUUAAAAUUAACACAGCCGUCUUUGGGUAUUCCAAAUAAAAGAUGUUGUAAAGAUAAAGCAAACUAUCAAAAACGACCUCUUUUUUAUCAGACAGUCCUGAACUGAUAUCCAAAAGAUUUAGGAAAAUUUUGAGGAAAUAAAGAUAUGAACAGUGUCUUCAAAACUGGUAUUGCAGAAAAAACAGGGGACAAUUUCUAUAUUACAUUUUUUGAUUAAGGAAUUAGAAGAUAAAUCUCAUUUAAUAUUUUGAAGUGAUAAUGCCAUUCAUAUAAUACAAAGAGUCGUUACGUCACAUUUCAAGCGCGAUGCAACGCCAUUUUGGGGUGGAGAGAGUAAUGGUGGGCGGAGUUUGUCUUCCAAAGGGAGCGGUCCGCCAAAUUCAAACAGACUGAACAAAGUAAAAGGAUACAACACUGCAGUUUAGAACAAAGCAACGGAUAACACUAUGACAUCCACUGUGGUGAAUGGAGUCUGGAGGUCACAUACGGUCCUCGAUGAAUCCGACCUUGACUGUUCACCCGAGGCCCCACAGCAGUUUAAAAAAAUGCGCUCAUCCAGCUCACUGAACUCACUCAGGAUGAGUCUGCGCAAACGUCUGCCCUUAAAACCUCUGCAGACCACCGCCAACAUCUCGGACAAUCCCACCUGGGAAUCACUUCAGAUCAACCAAAAGCCUAAUGUUGUCCGCAACAUGACCCGCAGAGCUAAAAGCUCAAUUGGAGACAUCUGUCAGAGGUUUCAGAAAAGCAGACAGUCACGUCAGGAGUGUCUGGUGAUGACACCUGGCAAGAUGUCUGACGGGGAGGAAUGUGAUUGUGUCGGGACAUCACAAACCCCGAAACGGUCUGCUGCCCGAACUACCAUCACCCCUGGGCGAACACCACGCUCAACCAGCAAGCGAGGGCCGCGUACCCCGAAGGACAGUGAGUCUGCCGUUAGGACACUGAAGUCCAGGGGCACCAGAAGACAGCUGGUGCGCAUGGCUGCACUGAGAAGCCCAUUCGCAUCACCCAACACAAUGAACCGCAGGAGACAGUUUGACGAAGAUCUGGAUUCUGUGUCUAAUGGUCUUCGGAGACUGAAGCGUCUCUCUCAUGCUUUUAAUGAUGCUAUUGGAAGAGAUGAGAGGAUUGAGGCCAUUGAGCACUACAAAACAGUUAUGACCAUGGGCUACAGCUCCACCAAUCACAAUGUUUCCAGAGGACUGACCCGGGCAUCCAUUCGCAAGCAGACACAGCGCAUACAGCAGGCAGUGAGCAGCUGGACAGAUGCGGCUCUGUCAAACACCCGCAAGACUUCGUGAAAAACGAACGUUAGCAUGCUUUUUUAUAUGUGAAGAGGCCUUAUGUAGUAUUUUGAAGAGACACAUUUCUUAUUCCUGUCUGUCUGUAUCUUUUAAGUGUUUAAUGUAAUGGACAACUUUUGUAUCUUGUAGAGAUACUGCAACCAUAUAUUUAGAGCUGCUUAUUUAAAAAGUGAUUUGCAAGUUUAUGCAUAUUCAUGGGAUAUUGAAUUUCAUUUCAAAAGUAUUUCUGCUGUGAAAGCCAUGAAAAAUGUGAAUACCAAAUAUAGGCUUGGAAAAAAUGUAGAGGUCAAUAUAUGGGAUUACAAGUGAAUGUCAUUCAGUCAAGACGAGUGUUCAGGGUUUUGUUUGGCUUGUGUAUUUUAAAAGAUAAGAGGGAUCAUCUUUUUUAUUUUUGUGAAAAUAUCACUACCUAACAUUAAACUGACAUUGUCUUACCUGUGGGAGCUAUCACUAAUGUUACUACGUUUACUAACUUUAAACCUAUUUAGUUGAAUUGUAUUAACUGUAUUUUAGUGCUUUACUGAGUGUACGAUAGGUCAUUAGUAUUCAAGAUAAAAUGUAAAAUAACAAGUAGGUAAUGUCACUAACUUACUAAGAAAAUAUACUGCAAUAACAGACAUUAUGCACUAUAAUCACAAAGGUUAUUAUCAUAAUACAGUGGUUAAUAUUGUUUACACAAAAGUUGUAGCUUUUGUCACUGGGAUGGUAUCUUUUAGGUACAAAAGUGUACAUUUUGAAAAGGUACUGCCCCAGUGAAAACUUUUGUACCUUUAUGUACCUUUUCUUCUGAAAGUGUGGUGAAAACAUUGCCAAAAAAGAAUACAAGGAGUUUGUCAAAGUUGAAAUGCAAAAUUGAUUUUUGUAAAAAAAAAGUUACAAGAACAGCAUAAUAGUUUUUAUACUUAAUAAAAAACGU